GUGGUGCUGGGGGUUAAGAAGGGCCGGUUGCUGCGUAUUUGUUUGAUACAACUUACGAUCAAACGAAGUACAAAUAAGUACACAUCCUUUUCCAGACUACACGCCUACACCUCUCCGCCGAGCCGUCACCAAUACCACAAUCAUGCCCACAACUAAAACAAUCCAUCAUCCGCACCUCGGCACCAUCCACGGUACAGCCGACGAUGACGGCGUCAUCCGCUUCCUUGGUUUGCAGUACGCGACGCUGAAGGAUCGGUUGGCGGCGCCGGAGCUGGUAGUAUCAGGGAGUGGUGGGGCAGGGGAGAUCGACGCACGCAAGUUUGGUCCCCCCGUGCUCUCUCCACCCCAAGCCUGCGCCCUCGAGCUCUCCCUCAUCCAAGCGCCGUCAGCGCCGCCUUUCGCAGCAUCCAUAGCUCCGCCGCCACCCCCAGACGACCUCAAUGGCUUGAACCUCAACAUCACUGUUCCGGCCCUCGCUCUGGAGGGCCAGGGCUCUACCCGUCGCCCGCUGCCCGUUAUUGUCUUUGUGCAUGGCGGCGGCUUCUUCAUCGGCGCAAAUUCCUGGCCGCAGUAUGAUUUCGGACGACUUGUGCGGCUGGCUGCUGAGAAGGGGAAGCCUGUUAUUGGUGUGGGUAUUAACUACCGCCUCGGCGCCCCCGGCUUCCUGACCUCAGCCGAGCUCCGCGCAGCCGGCUACGCCGCCAACAACGGCCUGCGCGACCAGGCUGCCGCGCUGCAAUGGGUGCAGCGGCACAUCAGCGGCUUCGGAGGCGACGCGCGCAACGUGACUGCACUGGGACAGAGUGCGGGCGCUGUCUCUCUCCUCGAGCAGCUCAACUCCCGCACACCACUGUUCACGCGCCUCGCCGCACUAGCCGGGACGCCACUGAACGCGCGGCCGCUCCCGCCCCCCGUGGCCGAAGCAACCUACACGACUAUAACAGCAGCGCUCGGGCUCGAGAACGGCAGUGCGGCCGAGCGCGUCCACGCGCUGCUGCAUCUGCCGGGCGAGGAGCUGCUUGCGAAAAUCUCGCCCGAGCUCCCGCUCGCCCCGGUCCUGGAUCCGGCGUCGCUGCCGCGCGUGUGGUCGUUUGAGGAGGGUAAGCAGGAAGACGUGUUGCGUGAGAUGCCCGGACGGAAAUGGUGCAAGGGGUUGAUGGUUGGGGAUUGUGCAUUUGAUGCAAACAUCUACACGCACCUAUCGCCCAGCUUCGCGCAGCCCGCCCUCGCCGCCGCCUUCGCAGCAUCCGUCUCCCGCUCCCUCGCCUCCCACCCGGGCGCCGCAUCCGCCCUGCUAGAGGCUUACGCAAUCACGCCCUCGACGCCCGCCCCUGCCGCCCGCACCGCAAUCGCCCGGUUCGGCACGGACAUCGCGUACCAAGCCGCGGUAAGGCGGUGCGCGGGGGCUUGGCGGGCUACUUCUGACGUGGGAGGAACUGACGACGAAGGAGGAACCUCUGACGAAGGAGGGCUGUCCGCCGCAGGAAAAGGCUCAAACGAAGAAAGAGGCGCACCCGAAGGAGCUCAACCACCCUUCCUCUACCACUUCAACGCCGCAAACCCCUGGCCCGGCCCCGACGCAGGCGAGGCAACACACAUCCUAGACGCGGCGUUCCUCUUCCAGAACUUCAGCGCGCAGCUCACCUCCGCGCAGCAGAGCGUCGCGGCCGCGUUUGCGUUGGACGUUAUUGCGUUUGCGCGGGGUGAGGCGCCGUGGAUGGGGUUUGGUGGUGUGGGGAAGGGGGAGGGUGGGGAGGAUGAUGUCGAGGACAAGGUUGAGGGCGUCAGGGUGUAUGGCGGCGCGGAUGGGUGGGGUGGCGGUGCUGAGAGCUUUGCGCGUGCUGGGGGUAAAGAGACGGGGAGGCGGGGGGUGCUUGCUAGGCUUGCGGCGAUGGGGCCGGGGUUGCAUGGGUUGGGGGAGGCGUGGGAGCGGUGGUUGCGGGGCGAGUGAGGUUGCGGGUGGAUGAGAGUGUUGUGUAUGUGUUUGAAUGGAUGGAAUGCUUUAGUCUCGUCGCUGGAUAUGUAUAUAUAUAUAUAUAUAUAUAUAUAC